GUCUGUAGGUUACGCUUAACAGUACCACCUGAUGAAGGCUCACAGCCUGAACAGGGAGCAAAGGAACCUGAAAGAAAGAAAAACGAGCUCUACCAUGUACCAAAUGGCACGUCUUCAGGGAAGCUCUCUCAUGGGAUGGUGUACGGCGUCGUGCACCGAACUGACAACAACCAUAAGAGAGAAAUGGUGGUUUAUGGCUGGUCAGCUGAUCAGCUGAAAGAGGAGAUGAAUUACAUUAAAGAAGUGAGAGCAACUCUGGAAAAAGUAAGAAAGAAAAUGUAUGGUGAAUAUGAUGAAAUGAAACGAAAAAUACAGCAGCUUACAAAUGAACUGAAAGUGACAAAUGCUCAUCAGGAAUCCUUAGAGAAUCAUGUGCGAGUGCAGGCUGCAGCCUUAGAUAGCUUUAGUGAAAUGAACAGCUCCUUGACAUCAGCAUCAAUAGACUUGCAGAAAACUCUAGUGGAUGUUACCUUGGAGAACACUGAUAUAAGGGAACAAAUAAGGAAUUUAAAACAUACACACGAGCAAUCUAUGGAAAAGCUGAGAGAGAAGCAAAAGCAACUGGAAACAGCACAAAUUGAAAAUCAGUUACUGAAAUUAAAGGUGGAAUCGUCGCAGGAAGCCAAUGCUGAAGUCAUGAGAGAGAUGACAAGAAAACUGUAUAGUCAGUAUGAGGAAAAAAUGCGAGAAGAGGAGCAGAAACAUAAAGCUGAGAAAGAAAUCCUCCUAGAGGAAACAAAUCGGCUUCUGAAGGCUAUUGAAGAGGCAAAUAAGAAGAUGCAGAUUACAGAAACAAGCAUUCAGGAAAAAGACCAGAGAAUUGGUGAGCUGGACCGGCUGAUUGAACGCAUGGAAGAGGAACGUCACCAGCUGCAAAAACAACUCGAACUAAAUGAAAUACAAAUAUCUGGAGCAAAAUCUGAAAACAACUCUGACAGUGAAAGGUCACAGCAUUUGGAGGAGGUAGCAGCCAGCCUAAGAGAGCGAAUCAAACAUCUGGAUGAUAUGGUCCACUGCCAACAGAAGAAAGUCAAGCACAUGGUUGAGGAGAUUGAAAUGCUAAGGAAGAAAGUAAAAGAAAAGGAAUUAUUUAUAAUACAGCUUUUAGAAAAAAUCUCUUUCUUAGAAUGUGAGAAUAAAGAAUUACAAGAUAAAUUGGACUACUUAAUGGAAAACCAACCAAAGACUAAUAUAGAAACCAGAGAUACUGGUGUCGGAUGUGAUCUUCCAUACAGGAAAUUCAUUUCUAGGCUUCCAGAUAAGGGUAAGAAGAUCUCCGAUUUUGCUGAAAAGCUGACACUUGCCGUUUUACAAGAGGAAGAAUUAGCAAGGACGGCUGAGCUGUUAUCUGCUGUCAGAUUGGAGUUUCAGGUGAAACAGGAGGAGAUUAAUACAAGCAAACGGCAAGUUAUCCUAGACAAGGACACACUGAACUGUGAAGAUUGCUCAGUAUUUAAUGAAAACUCUAAUACUGAAGUUUCUGAGAUUUCUUCCCAAAGGCAGGAGGUAGAAUGUAUUAAGCAAGAUGCCACAAAUACAGCUCUGGAAAAUCAAAGGACUCAGAGGAAGAAUGAUAAAGUGAAGACUGUUACAAAAGAUCAGAAUCUUUUUUGUGAAGUCAUCUCCAAGUCAGCCACAAGCAGUCAUCUGAAAAGUGAUCGGCAGGUAUCUCAGGGCAAUACUGAGGAUGGUACCACUGCUUUGGACAACAGUAAAGACGUGCUGGUUGAUGCCUUUCAAAAAGUUACAAUUGUAGAUGGGGAUAAUAGCGAAAAAGUAUUGGAAAAAGAGCAGAAUGUGGCUAAACGUAAGGGCAAUAUCUUCGGAAGCCUGCACCCCAAGACACCGCAUUAUAUUGAAGUUCUAGAGUCUAGAGCCAAGAACCCAGUCAUAAAAAAAAGCAAAUUUAAAACAAAUGUGUUAUCAGGAGAGCAAAGUGGAUCAUCGCAUGGUUCCUCAUCCAGUCAAUCACCGGGGGGAUUUGGCUCUCCAAUUACUACUGAAGAAAGACGACUUAGAGAAAAGAAACAUUUGAAUGACAUCACAGCAGCUCGGCUGCCACCGCUUCACCAUUCCCCUGCUAAGCUAUUAUCCAUAGAGGAAUCCAUAGCAAUUCAGAUACGGCAAAAAGAAGCUUAUGAGGAAAUGCAAGCCAAGCUUGCAGCACAGAAGCUUGCAGAGAGAUUGAAUAUAAAAAUGCUCAGGUUUGAACCAGAGGGGGAGGCCUCAAUGCAAUACAGAGAAGUGAGAGAUGAAGAUUAUUUUUCAGCAGAGGACUGAAUUCAAGAAGGGGUGGCUGAGGACGAGCCACGUAACUGAUCUUUACGCAGUACUUCUUAAAACCCAAACCUGGAUAUUGAGAAUGCUUGAUCUAGUAAUUUUUUUCUUAAAAUUUUAACAUUACAACUAUGGGAAGCGUUCAAUAUAAAUCUCAUAAAUAUAAGUGUUAUUAAGUGGUAACCCCAGUGUUAUUUGGGGGCUGUUUUGAGCACUUGGGGCAGUUAAUCCUUGUGGAAUGCCCCAUAGUUUUCAGCUACAGCGAAGUGAGCUCUUUAAUACGCUUUUGCAGGCUAUGAUGAGUCAUCUACAAGAGAAGGUUUCUUCUGCGCAGAAAGGUGGUUGCAAAGGGCAUCAGCACGCAUGUCCAUAAAGUAAGCUAAGGUGCCUGUGAACUGCUUGCAUGUAUGAAAGCUCUUGUCUUGUAUAAAUGUGAGAUACUUCUUUUAUCUAUUUAAGAUGAUCUUGCUUUUACCG